AUGCCCCACUGGCUCGUCUACCACCCUCCCAACGCUUACACCAACGACGAAUCCAAAGAUGCCCUCGUCAAGGCCGUAACUGCCUUCUACGUCGGCGUCGGCAUGCCCGCCUUUUACGUUGUCGUCAACUUCAUCAAAGUCCCCCAUGAAGACUUCUACGUCGGUGGCGUCAGGCGAGGCCCCGAUGACAAGCCCUUUGUCCGCUUCACCAUCAACCACGUUGCGCAUAAUUUCCCCGACGACGACCAGGUCCGGCGCGAGGCCGGCGACACGUUUAACAACUUGUUGACGCCGCUAAUGAAGGGCAAAUACGAUUGGGAGUUUCACAUUUCUGAGACGGACAGGAGGCUUUGGAAGACGAACGAGUUUACGCCGCCGGAGAGGGACACUGAUGGCGAGAGGCUAUGGGUCAAGGAGAACCGUCCGAUGGCUUAUUAA